AUGUCUCUCUCGCUUCCCUCUUCUUCCUCCGCUGCUGCGGCGGCUGCCGCGUCGACGUCGGGUUCGUCGUCUUCUCCGGCGGCCAAUUCGUCUUCCUCCACGACCACGUCCUGGUUCUCCGGGAUCGUUCGUGGCCGCGGUGAUAAAUCCGGCACCGCGAAGCUAUCUAAAAGCGCUUCCAUGGCUUCAGGUGGAAGCGGAGAUUACGGUGGACCCAUCAAAGGGAAGAACCAAUUUCGCGGAGUAUUAUUCAAAUACGGUCCCAAAUCCAUUCAGGUGGCUUUCAAGACCGGAGAGUAUAAACAACAAGUCAUAUUCAUAGGUGGAUUAACCGAUGGACUUUUAGCUACUGAUUACUUGGAACCUCUUGCAAUUGCUUUGGAUAAAGAGAAAUGGUCACUUGUUCAGCUACUGAUGUCUUCUUCAUAUUCUGGAUUUGGCACUUCCAGCUUGAAACAAGAUGCACAAGAGAUCGACCAACUAAUAAGCUAUCUCAUCAACAAAGAGAACUCUGAGGGCGUCGUUCUGCUUGGCCACAGUACUGGCUGCCAGGACAUUGUGUAUUAUAUGGGAACAAAUGCCGCGUGCUCCCGAGCUGUCCGAGCCGCAAUUUUGCAGGCACCGGUCAGCGAUAGAGAGUACAAAGCAACACUUCCUGAAACACCAGCUAUGAUAGACUUGGCUGCAAACAUGAUUAAAGAAGGUCGAGCAGAGGAGCUUAUGCCUAGAGAAGCUGACCCUUGUGCUCCAAUCUCUGCUUAUAGAUACCACUCCCUCUGCGCUUACAUGGGGGAUGACGAUAUGUUUAGUUCUGACCUUAGUGAUGAUCAGUUGAAAACUAGACUUGGGCAUAUGGCUAAUACACCUUGUCAGGUGAUUUUCUCCAUGGGUGAUGAGUAUGUACCAGAUUACGUCGACAAAAAAGCACUGGUUAAUAGAUUAAGUAAAGCAAUGGGAGGGGCAGAGAGAGUGGAGAUAGAGCAUGGGAAUCACUCUCUCUCCAAUAGAGUUCAUGAAGCUGUUCAAGCCAUUAUUGGUUUUGUCAAAAGAGAAGGACCCAGUGGUUGGGAUGAUCCUUGGAGCUAA